CCCAGCCCUGGGCUGUGCGCCCUCACCAUGGUGAAGUUGCUGCCUGCCCAGGAGGCAGCCAAGAUCUACCAUACCAACUAUGUGCGGAACUCGAGGGCCGUGGGUGUGAUGUGGGGCACGCUCACCAUCUGCUUCUCUGUGCUGGUCAUGGCCCUCUUCAUCCAGCCCUACUGGAUCGGUGACAGCGUCAACACACCCCAGGCAGGCUACUUCGGCCUUUUCUCCUACUGUGUGGGCAACGUGCUGUCCUCCGAGCUCAUCUGCAAGGGUGGCCCGCUGGACUUCUCCUCCAUCCCCUCUAGAGCCUUCAAGACUGCCAUGUUCUUUGUGGCCUUGGCCAUGUUCCUCAUCAUUGGCUCCAUCAUCUGCUUCAGCCUGUUCUUUGUCUGCAACACGGCCACCGUCUACAAGAUCUGCGCAUGGAUGCAGCUGGCUGCGGCCACAGGCCUGAUGAUUGGCUGCCUCGUCUACCCUGAUGGAUGGGACUCCAGCGAGGUGCGGCGCAUGUGCGGGGAGCAGACGGGCAAGUACACGCUGGGCCAGUGCACCAUCCGCUGGGCCUUCAUGCUGGCCAUCCUGAGCAUCGGGGACGCCCUCAUUCUCUCCUUCCUGGCCUUCGUGCUGGGCUACCGGCAGGACAAGCUCCUCCCUGACGACUACAAGGCGGACGGAAAAGAGGAAGUCUGAGGCGGCGGAGGGGGCGGUCGUCUGUUUCCCUGACAAUGGGAACUUAGGGAAUCGAAUUCUUCAGAGUAAAAACUUGUCCCCCCAAGCUUCCCGUCCUGGCUACUCUAGGCCUGACGUCCUGAAGCCUCUCACAGGAUGGGAACCUGACAGGCUCCUGAGACAAGCCCUCCUACUGUGUAUAGGAAACUCUUUCAGGUGAAGCAGAACUGGAACGAUCGCAUCGAAGAGACAUGGGUGGUCCUCUCCUGACUGGGGCCCAAGUUCUCGUCCUAUCCCUUCACACCAGCAAAUUCCUCUAUGCUCUGGAGGCCUCUCCUCUGUAAAGUGAGAGGGCUCAAUGAGUCCAUGUCUAGGGGCCUCCCAGGUCUGAGCCUCUGGCAGCCUGAUUAACUGAGGAUAUGCUUGUUUGAAGGCACACCAGAAACUGCCACCCAGCUCGGACGGGGGCCUGAAGAGGUGGCUGCAAGUGCGCUGGAUCACUUCAGGCUGAGGUCCAGGGGAUCCUCUGCUUUUCCUUUCUCACAUUUCGUUUUUUUAUGGAUGCUCAGAGGUGGGUAAGGAGUGGAGAGGCCGCCAGAACCCCAAUCCAUCAGGAAGUCUUAUAAAGACUGGGUGAACAUAGGAUCUAAAAACUUAAGACUAAAUUGAUUUUUUCCCUUUGGAACCCCAAAUCCCAUUUCUUCAUAGUGCCCACACUGACCCAGUCAGAACUGGCUACCAGCUUCAGAAAUUUGUCACUUGUGUCCAAGUGAUUUGUUAUAGUAAUAGAUGACUUUUUUGUAAAAAACUUUGGAUUUGGCACAGUAAAUGGUGACUCUUUUGCCAGCCUCCAGAGGGGAGCUCAAUUUAGGUUAACAUCUCAUUGUAGCAAAUGCCAAGAUGAAGAUAGGUUCUUCAGGCUGUGUUUUGCCUGGGAGAUGGUGCAUGGAAACCAGAUUUCGUUAUCUGUAGUGACUGAUUCUGAAGAACAGGUGUUUUUUCUCGUCAUUGUCCAUUUAGCUAUUCAGUAAAGAGAAAAUGUGGGUGCUGACUCUCACAGGACGGGGUAGAUGCUGAACAAAACUGAUGGAUCUUGUUGCUGCUUGAUUAAGCAGCAGUGACAAGGGAAACAGUAGGUGUCGUAUUCCUGGGCUGUAGGGCAUGCCUUUCAAUCAAUGCACUCUGACAACCUGUCCAUCAGUGCAGGGCUUCUUCUCCAGGUCAGAUGGCCUGGGAAUGAGGAUCCAGCAUUGUCCCAGUUGUUGGCAAUGAGAACUAUCAGAAUGAGACCUAAGAACGAUCAUGUAAUUUUCUUGUGCUGAUAAAAUUAUUUUAGAGCCAGGCACCUACUUCAUGCAAGCUUGAAGAACAGAAGUUGACAAGUCCUGUAGCUUAGUGACUUCUGGCUAUAUUUGUUCAUUUGUUUCUCAUAAUCUUACUUUCUAUUAGAGGCAAAGGAAAAAUUUCUAAAAGCCUCUCUACCUUCAAAGUAUUUCUCACUGAAAUGGCAACUCUGGUGGUCCACAGAAGCUUCUGGGGGGCUUAAGGUCCAUCUGCCAACAGCUCGCAUCUUGCUCUUGCCAGGAACAGCGAGUUUCACCAAAGCAGGAGUCGGUGUUUACCUGUGACCAGUGCUGGGCAUGGAUCUGCAAAUCUGUUUAUCAUCAUAGGACCCAACGUUUCACCUUUUGCUCUAUCUCCGAGGAAACUCAGAAUUCAAGCUCUUCAGUAAUAAUAAUGAUUUUGGUUGAUACCUGGUAACUGCUUAUCAGCUCUUUUCAAGUGGCUUUACCUUUAAAUAAAUUUUUAAAGGCACCUUGAAUCUCAUUUUUGAAAGUAUAUAGAAAAUCAAUAAAAUCAGCACUCCAACCCAGUUGCUUUAUUCCUUCACUUCUGGCUUGCCUCUGCCUUAGGUUGGGGCUGGGGGGUGGUUGUGAUAUCCAGCUUCACUGACAAUGACUAGCCCUAAGCAGAUAUGGUCAAGAGAGGGACUAGUGGUUUCUAUCUGAAAUGGGAACUGGAAGGAUAUCCUAAAUGCUUUCAUUGUUUUGCAUCCUGUAUUAGUUACCUACUGCUGCCUAACAGAUUACCCUGGAACUCACUGACUUACAACCUUUUCCGUUUCAGUGGGUAAGGAAUCUGGCAAGGCUUACCUAAGUCUCUUUGUCUCAAGGUUUCUCACCGGCUGCAGUUAAUGUCUCGGAUCUGCUUCCAAGGUCAGUGGUUGUCUGCAGGAUUCAGCUUCUCAGGUUGUGGGACUGAGGGCCUGGGUUCCCCACUGGCUGCAAGGCCUCUCCAUAGGGCUGCUCGCGUGGCAGGUGCUUCCCGAGGGCAAGGGUUCCAGGACAGAGCAGGAGAGGGGGCACCUACAGAAGCUGCAGCCGCUUUGCAACCGACCUCAGAAGUUACAUUGUCACUUCUGCCCUAAUUUGCUUGUUAGAACUGUCACUAAGGCCAGCUCACACUCCAGGCGAGUGGAUAACACAAGUGCCGGAAUGCCAGGUGACGGGAAUGAUUAGGGUUCUUUUAAAAGGUGUUUCUCAUACUUAAUUACUUUGUAUCGUCCUUAUUAUAUACUUAUUUGUAAUUAAUUUUAAGUGGGCUUUUACCAGAAUGCUUUAUUGGGGCAAAGAUUAGAUUCUAGUAACCUCACAUGCUGAUGGAUAUGUUUGUCUUGUGAUAAAAUAAGUUGCAUUAGAUGAAAGAAGGGCCCUAACCCUCCAAACUCAUCCCACUUGGGUAAUCUAAUCUCAAGAGAACCUCUAGUAGGGCCCACUAAUUUCCAACACUCACCAUGCUUUCCUCUCUACUUAGUAAAUCCAAAGAAACCAAUGCAGUGCCUGCAGGGCGACUUCUAAGCACACGGCUCAGAUCGCAGGCAGCUCGUACUUCUGCACGGUCCAGUUCUGCCAAGUGGACGGCAAGCCUUGUUAUUCUAUCAAAAUGGGCGAAAACUAGAUCUGAAUUAAGGACAAAAGAGAUUAUGCUAAGUGAACUCGGGAGGAUCUAAAAUGAAAUUGCUCAUCUGUGUGAAGAGCCCUCCUCCCUUCACAAGGAAUGGUGCAGUCAGUAACAGAACCCGAUACUAACGUAAAUUGCUCAGCUCACUUACUUAGUUAAAACUUCCAAACACUUAACAUGAUGUCAUUUUUCUGGCUUUAACUGGCAUAUUUCUGAUAGCUCAAGGACUUGGUGUGGCUUAAUAUUUGCACAAGGCCUUAAAGACAAAUGCAUAUCACAUGUAGUUUUUUAAUUCCAACUUUUAAAAACAAGACUUCAGUGACAUAAAAACAAACUUCCUCCUCAGUAGGUCUCCAGGUUCCUAUAUUAUCUUUAUAUAAGUUUAUACAUAUUGUUUUGAAGACUGUGAAAGAGUGGUGUUACCAAUGCCUUGCUAACUCCAAAGGCACCAAAUUGGUGGGCAAAACACAACUAUUCAAGUUUCUCUGGUGUCAUAAGGCCUUACCUUUGGAGCAAAUAUAAGUUCAGAUUCCAUUAUUAAUAAAUCACCAAUUUUCUGUGAUACAGUAGUCUAACAGCAAAUCGGUUUCCCCUUAAGGCCAAAGUGGCAGACUCUACAGGCUUCAAAAAUCAAAGACUGGGCGGUAAUCAAGUCAUUUGUAACCUGGGCCUGCUCUGGAGCAGGUAAUGAUUUCCCCGUGGAGACUCAGGGCUAAUGCAGAGUUCAGGUGGGGUUGUAAUUCCACCGCAGUUGGCUCGCUCUUCUGAGAGAGCUACAAGCUCUCCUAGGACAGCACUUAAGUUUUCCCAAACCCUCAGCAUUCUAGGUCCAUAUAUUUAACUCAAGGCUUAGAGGGCCGCCUAGAUUGGUCAGUCUGGUGAACAUAUUGAUGAAUUCCAACUUAACUUUUUUAGGUUGUUCUUUAAACAGGUUACCUCUGGUCAACACUACAAUAUGACCUUACUACAUACGUCUUAAGUAUGGCACAAUUAAAACAAAUGAACUGGAACAGUUUACAUAGUUCAGAGGUGGGGAAGUACUUUCUAUGAGUAACAUUAAACAAUGCCACAAAUAAAAAUGAAGGGCAAAUUAAAAACUGGAAAAGUACAUGAUGGAAAAAUGACAAAAAUGCAUUACCUUUAAUAUGUAAAAAAUCCUAACCAAAUCCUAAAAUAGGGGAGCAGACCAAAAGAAAGCUGGGUAAUGCAGGCAAAUAGCCAAAAAAUACAAAUGACCAAUAAAACCCAUGAAACAAGUUUCUGACUUCACUAGUCAUCAAUAUACAAAUUAAAACAAGAUACUCCCCUUUUUUGGCAAUCAAAUUGGUUAUUAGGAAUAAAACAGAUGAGAUUACAAUAGGCCCAUUCAAACACUGCUGGUUAGGGCAAAACAGUCCAACGGUUCUCCACUUAAGUUAGGUUACGUUUAUUAAAAGCCUUAAAAACGUGCUUCCUCUCUGGCCCAGGUAUUCACCCUAAGGAGUGAAUCAGACAAGUGUAUGCAAACCUGUGUACAGCAGUGUUCAUGCCAGCGCCUCAGUCAGCGUUCACAGAUCUUUGGCAUUUUGCAUACACUGCGAUUGUAAUCUGAGGGAAAAAAUACAACGCAAGUAUCCUGGGAAAAUGCUAUCAGAUGUAGGGCAUAACAAUUUUCUUAGAAUUUUCCAAAAUGUACUUUGUUAACUCUCCCCCACCCCAAUUUAAAGGUAGAAGCAAAACUACAAACCCCACAAAAUGGCAUGCGUUCAGUUGUACAGUUCAUCGCCUGCUGAAGUUCAAGAAGAAAACUCAACCAAUCCUUUCCUCCAUUCUGAAGGCUGGAUCAGACUAACUUGGGCAAAAAAUGAACAGAAAGCUUCUGGAAACAUGUAAGUUAUUAAAUAAUUUGUUUAUUGUACUACAUUUACAAAGAAAACAGACAAUGCACCCAGUAGAAAGAAUAAAAAUGUAUUUGGGGUUUUAUUUUUAACCGACAGCAAAUAGAAAUCCUUUCGUGAGAUCAGAGCAAUUUGACAGCAUUAUGAUUGAAUUCAAUACAUGUACGGGGGUACUUGGAAGAUCAAAUUCUACAGCUGCCUCCUUCUACGGCUUCUAAUUCAUCUGGCUCCUUAAAUGAUAGGAGGACAAGCCCUUAUUUGGUGGGGAAACAUUUCCAAAAUGAAGUUAUAGGUUCUCUCAUUAAAAUUUCUUGUCAUAUCAAUUGUUAAAGUGGGGCCUUCUAUUUGUAUGUGUGUGUGUUUUGGUUAUUUCACAUUACUAUCACCAGAACUCUUGUAAUUCCACAAUUGUGAUUUUAUAGUGUAGCAAAGAAUU